CAAGAAAUCCCCCAGUUGCCCUACCUACCCGUCUCAGGCAGCUUACCUACAACGGGAUCAGCCACCAUGCUAACUUAUCUCUUCUUGAUGCCCCCUCCGCUGAUUCCGCCCACCGGUGAUCCUCCCCUGCCUCGGCUAGCUAUGCCCUUGUUGCUUUGUUGUCCUGCCCACAAGCCAUAGCUUCCGCCAGGUAGGCCGCCGGCCAAGGGCAUCCCUCUAACAAUGGGAGCAGCCAAUCUCGAGCCCUAACAACCCAAUCCCAAGCUCUAACAGCCCCAAUCCUCGAUCCACCCCAGAGGUCUUACAGAUGCAAGCUAUAUGUGUUUGCAUCAACCUGAAUCAGCUUUUGUGUACUAUCUGGUAGAAUGCAACUCAGAGAUUCUGGUGAUUAGCCCAAGCCUUGGCGUUCAUCAACAGUUUUCAGUUUACAGGCUAGCUGACCUUAUCCUGGAAAGGAUUGUCGCGGUGACAUGCAUCAGUGGCAACACCCUCUUCUUUGGUAAGAGGAAUCUGUGUGUGAGCUCUAAGGAACAAAGGACAGAUAACGUUGCAGGGGAAGAUGAAGAGGUGGCGGAUGAAGGGAAAGUGGCGAAUUGGGGGUUGAAAAUGAUCUCACAUACAGAGCUACAAUAGGACUUGGAGCAAGUAGGACUAAAGUUUCGCAAGAACCAAUUGAAACCCAUCAAACAUGAAAGUAAUAGUAACGGCCUUGAUGACAAACUACAACACAAAUCGAUCAGCCAUCAUUCUGCCUGGGAAUAGAGAGCAGCUAUGUUCAGAGCACUUUCUUCUUAGCUACCUCCCCGAGCAUCGCAGCCACAAU